AUGAUUGUGGCCAACGUUACGACCCGACGGCAAGUGUUAACUACCAAUUCAAGCAAUCGUGAGGUAUGGUAUGGCGUCGAUAUCGUUCAAUUGAUCAAAGAUAAUAAUACCGAUGUGGAUGAACCGAAAAUCUAUACACCGUAUACUAGUUCAAUGUGUGGCAUAGAACUGCUCCGGGAUCAACAUAAAUUAAACACAAAUCAACCGAUUGUUGUGUCGACAAAAAUAUCUGAAUCAGAUAUCCGACACAAACUAAKAGAUAUUUAUCGGGAAAUUCACUCAUUGGACGAAUCGCUUUACAAUCAAAGCCUAUAUUCUCUACAAAAUUCAUUAAAAAGUCGUUCAAAGUCUCGAUUAAUAUUUCCGGAAGAGAUCUAUGAAAUCACUGGAAAAAGUCCGAUAACUAAAGGUCUGUGUAGUAAACARGCCGGUGCUGACCUACAUGUGCUCGUAAUGGUAGUAAGUCAUGUAAUCAACUUUAGUUCUCGUCAAUUAAUACGCCAGACGUGGGGCCGGGAUUUCAAACUAGACAACCGUUCAAUGCUGUACUUUGUUGUGGGUCUGUCCAACUCAAUAGACAUACAAAGAAAACUAGUCGAUGAAGACAGUGUUCAUCACGACAUCAUUCAGUUAUCAUAUGUAGAAAAAUAUUAUAAACUUACCAUUAAAUCAAUAGCAAUACUUCGAUGGACAGCAAUGAACUGUCCAUUAGUCAGGUUUGUCCAGAAAGUAGACGACGACUUUGUUGUGUUGGCCAACAAUUUGAUUAACUUCGCUAAGAAUUCAGUUCCCGAUGCUAUUUAUGGACACGUAUGGCAUAAAGCUCUUGUAGUACGAGAUUAUCCGGACAGUCAGUAUAAUCGGGAUAAUUGGAAAUGGGCUAUCAGUACCCGUGACUAUCCUAAUGAUGUCUAUCCUGACUAUACUGGUGGUAUAUAYAUGAUCCCUGGUCAAUUGACUUUAUCUGUAUAUAGAACAGCCAUACUUAGAGCACUUCCAGCCUUACCAUUUGAGGACCUGUUCAUCACUGGAAUAGUAGCACAAAUGUUGAAUAUUGAGCGCCGAUCUAUACCCGAGCUUUUAUGUCGGAACCUAAAGGGUAACUUCUAA